AUGCUGCUGCUGUUCUCGGCGCUAGCGCUCACCGCUGCUGCCAUCUCGGCGUCGUCGACGGCGCCGCCAGCAGACAAGCGGCGCUUCGUGCCCGACCUGCCCGACCUGCCGAGGCUGGACCUGUACAAGCGCGACGGCAACACCGAGGCCUUGACGCAGUGGAAUCGGUCGGUGCUGUACUCGGCGCCGGUUUCGAUCGGCACCCCACCACAGACCUUCGACCUGCGCAUCGACACGGGCACAUCCAUAACCUACGUGUACGACGCGGCGUGCAACGCUGCCCAGUGUAACGGCCGGGCCAAGUUCUCCGGCGCCUCAUCAUCAAGCUACCAGGUCGCGAACAACAACACGGCCGUGGUCGACUCGGUUGGCGGGUCGGCCACGGGCGUGUGGGGCGUCGAUACGGUGUCUGUCGGCGGUUCCGUGUCGCCCAGCGGCCUGUUCUGUAAGUACGGCGGCGCCGCCACCUCAGCCCGUCGAACGCACUCGCUGACCCCACGCCCACCCCCAGUGCGCACGUCCGACGCAUCUGACGUCAACGCCGACUCGAAAGCGUCCGGCGUGCUCGGCCUCUCCCGCGGCCCGGGGGCACUGCUCGACACCCUGGCGUCAAAGUGGACCGACAAGCAGUUCGGCUUCUACCUCUCCCAGCUACCAGGCGACACGUGGGUGUCGUGGCUGAAGAGUGACCCGGCGAACUCGAACGUCGAGAGCGCGCCGGGCGGGGGCCUCACCCUCGGCGGGGUCGAUAGCAGCAAGUACUCGGGCGACAUCUCAUAUGCGCCCGUUAGCGGGGACGCGGGGUGGACGAUCCAGCUGUCGGCUCUGAGCGCCAACAUGUCCCAGGUGGCCUUGGGCAACGACACGUCCGCCGUGGUGGACACGGGCUCGAGCGGCGUGUAUGGCCCCUCGGCUAUCGUCGACAGGCUGUACUCUGCCAUCCCUGGUGCGCGGCGGCUCGACGUAGGCCUGCGCACCGACGUCGCAGUGUACGCGUUCCCGUGUGGCGCCGACCUGAGCGUGUCCUUCUGGAUCGCGGGGCGCGAGUUCCCCAUGCUGGGCGACUCGCUCGUCGAGAACAUUGUCACUGUCGGCUCGGAGACGCUGUGCAUCGGCAGCAUCGUCGGGUUGCUCAGAAACACGGGCGACGCCGCAAAGUGGACGCUGGGGAGCAUGUUCCUGCGCAACGUCUACACGGCGUUCCGGCUCGACCCGCCAGCAGUAGGCUUCGCCGACCUCGCCGACGACAUCCGGCCGCCGCGCACGCCGCUACCGUACACCAUGCUCCCGCUCGUCGCCAGCCUGACAGGCAACGCGAGCGUCACAGACGCGCUGAGCACCGCGCGGCCAGCGCCGACGGCCACGGCCGCGUCCAAGCCGUCGAGGGCGAGCCUCAAGUGGUCGCGCGACGGGGUGACUGUCGCGAUCGUGCUCGCGACGUGGGCUUUGAUCCUCGUGUUCGCGCCCAGCGUGUCUCCUAUACUUGUCGUUAAUUAG